UGGCCUUGAAGUGAUGUUAAUUAUAAAAUAUGUAUGACAAAAUGGUUACCAAUGUUAUUGUUUGUGGUUGAUCUAUUUUUGUGUGAACUAGGUUUUUCAUAGUGAAUGUAAAUAAUAUUAAAAUGAAUAGUAGUUGGAGAGCAGUUAAUGAUGAAAACAGUUAUGGAGUAGCAAUUUAUAAUUUCAACCACCCAGAAGACUUCAAAUUGAAAUUGACUGUCGGAGAUGCCGUCCACAUUUUGGAGGAGGAAACCAACUGGUAUUAUGGCUACAUCAUCAACAACAGAAAUAUUACGGGUAUAUUUCCCAAAAGCUAUGUGCACGUGAAACAGUGCGAAAGAGUUGACGCUACCGGACCCAUCUUAAAAGAUCCCCCCAUUACCAGAGAAAUCACGUCGGUGCUCAGGGAAUGGGGGGAACAUUGGAAACAAUUAUAUAAGAAUCAUAAUGAUAAUUUCGAACCAAUCAAGAACAAAAUAUAUGAUCUACUAACUCACCGAAGCAAAAUAUUGAGCGGGACGUUACCCGUGGAUGAAUUGAAACGGGUUACCAAACAGUCUGCCGAAGAAAUCGACAUAGGAAAUAAAAUACUGGGUUUGGAUUUGGUGGUCAGGAACCAGAACGGAAAUUUAAUCAAUCCGGAAGAAACGAGUACUCUUCAGCUGUUUUACCAUCACAAAAAUGCCACAGAACGGAUGAAAAACAAGUUCAAGGAGGAGGUCAAAGACAUCCAACCAAAAACCGCAAUACAGCAGUUUUCCAAUAUAUUUUUAGUAGCAGUUAGAAACUUUACAUUUAAAAUGACAGAUGAUGCUGAGUUACUUAUGACUUUAUACGAUGCUAAGGAGCUCAAAGCUUUCACAGAAAACUAUGUCGUUCGGUGGACAAAAGAAGGACUGAUGAGUGACUUGGAUCAAAUGCAUAAUUUGAGGGUUAUGUUCACCGAUUUGGGCAAAAAAGACUUGGACAGAGAAAAAAUAUAUUUGGUGUGUCAAGUGAUACGAGUAGGUGCAAUGGACAUCAAAGAGUUGGACCACAGGAGGAGUUCUAUAAGUCCCCCAACGAAAAAAAAUUACAGUGAUAAUAUGAGGAGACCUUGUGGGGUGGCCGCUUUCGAUAUAACGGAUUAUAUGAAUGGCAAAUCGGAUACUGAUUUGGAGAGGGAAUUUGCCAUACCAUUUGUUAGUUGUGAAAAAGAUAAUCUAGAGCAGACCUUGAGAAAGAUAAUUACAAAAGAAAAAUUUGAAAACAAGAAUCAUUCUCUGUUUGUUAAUUUCAAGUUGUUACGAGGAGAUUUGAAACAAGUACGAGAAGAAAACCCACAUUUAGUUUUGGGUAACGUGUCCAUCGCAAGAAAAAUGGGUUUUCCAGAAGUUAUUUUACCAGGUGAUGUCAGAAAUGAUCUUUACUUAACGUUGCUCGGUGGUGAAUUUACCAAAGGGAGCAAAACUAGUGAUAAGAAUGUUGAGGCCAUCGUGAAAGUGUGCAAUGAAAAGGGGCAAGCCAUUCCUGUAAGUAGAGUUGAAUUGUGUAUUAUCAUUUGA